AUGAAAAACUCGUCGAGUCGUCCAACCUCUGCUACCAGCAUUUCAGCCGAGAUGAUACCGACAUCGUCAUUCCCGCACUACACUUCAAUUCCACCGUUUAUGUCACAAACGGGUCUACCCUACACGUCAUUCGUUUUCCCGAACUCUCUGGCCAACUCCAGAGCCACGACAUCGGCCAACGCCAACAACAACAGAUCGUCAUCGACCGAAACGCCCCCACCAGAGCCCACAAUGGCCGAAUUCAAGCCGAUUCCUAUUCCUGGAACGAUUGACUUCAAAACAGAGACAGAGGCGAAGUAUCCAGUCAAGGACGAGCAGAAAUACUUAGAAAAUGGUUACCAAACAGGCUGUCCACCAUCGGCUACAGCAGCAUGGUAUCAACUACCGACGGCCAAUUACUCCAUCUACAACAAUUUCUACGCUACUCCAGCCAACUAUUACCAUCAAUAUGGCUACUCGUCUGAUUACAUUCCCCAGAAUCCGCCAUACUGUGGACAGCUUUAA